GUCGAUAUAGUUAGUCUCUCUGAAGUAUCAAAAUGUGAAGGCACAAGUCCAAGUAAAACUGACAAGCACUUUUGAUCUCAUUUAAUAAUCAUAGGUGCAGAGAAAGGAUCUGCAGAAAUGAUCAUGAAAGGUCUCUUUAUAUUGGCAACUUUGCUAACCAUUAGUGAUGGCGCGCGAAUCCUGGCGUUCCUCCCUUUGCCAGGCAAAAGCCACUCGAUCGUCUUCACUUCGCUGACACAAGCGUUGGCCGCAAAAGGCCACCAACUGGUCGUCGUGAGCGCUUUUCCGCUGGCAAAGCCUCCCGCGAAUUACACCGACAUAAAUUUGUGGGAAAGCAUGAAACCGUUCCUGGAGGCAGAAUUUGACGCCAGCAUUUACGAGUACGCGGACGAGAAAGUCAUUACGAUUCCCUUUCGGUACUUGCGAGACUUCCAGAUCUACGGCGAAAUCGCCCUGCGCGAUCCGCAAGUGGCUAAUCUGCUCAAGGACACGGAAGGGUUUGACCUGGUCAUCGCCGAGGAUUUCAUGACAGACGCCACUUUUGGUUUUGCUUACCAUUUCAAAGCUCCCCUGGUGCUUAUUUCUUCAAUGGGAGGUUUCUACUGGACCAACCACGCAGUGGGCAACCCUGUGCCAACCUCCUAUGUCACCAACAGCGUUCUUCCCUUCACCUCAAAAAUGACCUUUUGGGAGCGACUGGUCAACACUGCGUUCAGCCUGUACUGGGACUUGGGAAGCGAAAUUUUAUAUUUCCCCAAGCAAGAAAAAUUAAAGGACGAAAUUUUCGGUCCCGGAGUGCCGUCGGUGAAGGAGCUCCGAAAAAGUGCCAGUCUCGUCCUAGUCAAUAAUCACUAUUCUUUCAAUUACCCGCGACCUCUUGUCCCUGCUUUCGUCGAAGUUGGAGGGAUGCACGUGAAACCAGCGACGAAACCUCUGCCGAAAGAUAUCAAAGAAUGGCUGGACGGUGCAAAGGACGGCGCCAUUUACUUCACAAUGGGAUCAAUUAUGAACUGCAGUUUGUUCCCGGAAACGCAGCGAAAGGCUUUGGUCGAGGCGUUUGCUGAAUUGCCGCAAAGGGUUUUGUGGAAGUGGGAAACUGAAUCAAUUCCAGGCCAGCCCAAAAAUGUCAAAGUUGCAUCUUGGAUGCCACAGCAAGAAAUUUUAGCUCACCAUAAUGUUAAACUGUUCAUAACUCACGGUGGAUUACUCGGCGCUCAGGAGGCGAUGUAUCACGGAGUUCCAAUUAUAGGAAUUCCAGUAUUUGGCGACCAAAAAUUAAAUGUCAACAGGGCCGUGAAUAGUGGAUACGGAUUACGGCUGGAUUUGUUUAACAUUACAAAAGAUUCCGCUUUGCGUGCCAUAAAGAAAGCGUUGACUGAUAAAAGAAUUUCAGAAGAAGCGAAACGCAGGUCGAAAGUUUUCCACGACCAGCCAAAAGGUCCGUUAGAAAGGGCGGUUUUCUGGAUUGAAUACGUCAUAAGACACAACGGAGCGCAUCACCUUCGCUCUGCUGCGCUUGAUUUGAGCUGCAUGCAGCUUGCAUUGUUAGAUGUUUAUGCAUUUAUUUUGGUAAUUUUUGCCAUCACACUGGCAAUCCCUGUUUUAAUUUGUAAGAAACUGUGCUGCAAAAGCAAGAGAAAUAGUAUCAAGGACAAAAGUAAAGCGAAAAAGAAAUUAUAAAAAUUGUUAUUGACAUUAUCAAAGUUUAUAACAGUUAAAAAUAAAAUAUUUAAUGAGCUUAUUAUAAAACAAAUCUAACA